AGCAUCGGCGACCCUCUUCUGUUUCGUCACAAGCAUUUCCAGCCAGGAGAUGUGAGCAUUGGUGCCAUUAUGUCUCAAAUCUAUCAGUUCUCUGCCAUGAUAACCUUUGGACACCACCCCACUAUUGACCUCUUUGAGGAUAUUUUCUAUUUUGUUCCCAGUUGGACUUUUCAUGCUGCAUUGAGAAUUUUAUCUACAAAUGGCAGAUUCUCCCCUAAUUACAACUGUGAUCCUCAGAACAACCUCAUAGCCGUCAUUGGAGGACCUAAUCCUGAAGUCAGUUUCCACAUGGCUAUCAUUCUGGGCCACUUCAAGCUUCCACAGUUCGUAUAUGGCUCUGCUUCGCUGGUCAAUGAAAAUCCCCAGGCUGCUUUCUAUCACCAGAUGCUCCCAAAUGUGAACCAUCAGUAUAAAGGUAUUCUGCAAUUACUGCUGCAUUUCAGAUGGACAUGGAUUGGGACGGUGGAAAUAACUAAUGACGAUGGAGAGAGGUUCAUACAUGAGAUACUGCCAAAAUUUGCCGAGGAAGGUAUUUGCUUUGAUUUCAUAGAACGUUUCCCAGUACUCGCUUACUCCAAUGAUAUCGCUGUGAUGGUGGGAAAGGGGAUGAAAAUGUACCAUGUUGUUAUGAGGAGCACUGUUACGGUAGUGAUUCUACACGGCCAAAUCCAUACCAUCAUGCUUUUGAGACUGCUUCACGAAUUCUCAACAUACGAUGAUCCACCAAUGCAGACAAGAGGCAAAGUCUGGAUCAUGACUAUUCAGAUGGACUUUACAUCACUUCCCUUUCAAAGAAGCUCAAGCAUAGACUUCCUCCAUGGUGCACUAUCCUUUUCAGUUCAUUCUGAGGCUGUAUCGGGAUUUCAGAAUUUUCUUCAGACCCGAAAUCCUACCUUGGAAAGAGAUGACGGCUUUAUCCGGGUUUUCUGGGAAGAAGCGUUCCAAUGCUCAUUCCCUGGUUCAAUGAGAGACAUUCAGUCUCGGUCAAUCUGCACUGGGGAGGAGAAGCUGGAGAUUCUGCCUGCCUCCAUUUUUGAAAUGAAAAUGACCAGUCACAGCUACAGCAUCUACAAUGCUGUCUAUGCUUUGGCACAUGCUUUGCAAGACAUGCAUUCCUCUCAAUUCAAAGGCAGAGCAAGAGUGGAGGAAGCAAGACUGAAUUUUCUGAAGAAACAGCCAUGGCAGAUCAACCAUUUUGUGAGAAGCAUUUCAUUCAAUAACAGUGCUGGAGCCAAAGUCUCCUUCAAUCAACAUGGGGAGCUAGAAACAACUUUAGAUAUUAUCAACUGGGUCGCCUUCCCAAACCAAUCCUUUCUAAGAGUGAAGGUUGGAGGAGCAGACCCUAUGGCUUCUCAAGAAGAAAUGUUCAGCCUUUGUGAAGAAGCGAUUGUUUGGCCAAACAGCUUUAACCAGGCACAGCCCCUGUCUCUGUGCAAUGACCCUUGCCAUGUGGGUUACAGAAAGGCCGGGAAAAAAGGGAAGCCAUUUUGUUGUUACAACUGCCUUCCAUGUCCAGAAGGGAAAAUUUCCAACCAGAAGGACAUGGAUGACUGUUUUGAAUGUCCAGAAAAUCAACACCCAAACAAAGAGAGAAAUGAAUGUCUUCUCAAAAGCAUCAGCUUCUUGUCUUUUGACGAACCUUUGGGGAUCGGUCUAGCUGUCUCUGCUCUUUCCCUGUUUUUCAUCACAGUGUUGGUGCUUGGGAUAUUCACUAAGUACAAGGACACUCCAAUAGUCAAAGCCAACAACCGGAACCUUUCUUACACCCUCCUCGUCUCCCUGAUGCUCUCCUUCCUUUGUGUUCUGCUCUUCAUUGGACAGCCUGGAAAAGUGGCCUGUCUCCUUCAGCAAACAGCUUUUGGACUCAUCUUCUCAGUGGCAGUUGGUUGUGUUUUAGCCAAAACCAUUAUGGUAGUUUGUGCUUUCAUGGCCGCCAAACCAGGGUCCAGGAUGAGGAAAUGGAUGGGGUGGAAAAUGGCCACCUCCAUUGUUCUUUUCUGCUCUUUGAUCCAAGCCAGCCUUUGUGCUGUCUGGCUGGCCACCUCUCCUCCCUUCCCAGAUCUUGACAUGAACUCGAUGGCUGGCAAGAUGAUUGUGAAAUGUAAUGAUGGAUCCUCUAUCAUGUUCUACUCUGUCCUAGGCUUUUUAGGCUUCUUGUCCAUGAGCAGUUUCCUUGUGGCUUUCCUUGCCAGGAAAUUACCAGACAGUUUCAAUGAAGCCAAGCUGAUCACCUUCAGCAUGUUGGUCUUCUGCAGUGUCUGGUUUUCCUUUGUGCCCACCUAUCUGAGCACCAAGGGGAAAUACAUGGUGGCUGUGGAGAUCUUCUCCAUCCUGGCCUCCAGUGCUGGAUUGCUGUUUUGCAUCUUUUUUCCAAAAUGCUACAUCAUUUUGGUAAGGUCCGAUUUGAACAACAGAAAGAAGCUGAUAAGAAAAAAGCAUUAA